CUUUCCUUUCCUUUACUUUUGUUGGAUUCCCACGCAAGGCCUUUGCACUCAGCUGCACAAAACAAAAUCGUAUAACUGCAACAAAUUGUAAAUAUACGUGCUUAACAUUUUCAAUGAAAGCAACAAGAAAGACUCACACAUGACAAUAUGAAGAAGAAUGUGUAAGUGAUGGUAUUAGAAGCAGGGAUUUUGCCAGAUGUUUUUCCAUUCUAGGAAACAAAAUCUGCAAUGGUUCCUGUGGGAAGAGAGGAUGUGCGUUCCGGUCCCCAGGUGCCACAGUGGUAUGCCGGCCGAUCAGUGCUGGUGACGGGGGCCACCGGCUUCCUGGGGAUAGCCAUCGUGGAGAAGCUGCUGCGGUCCUGCCCUGAGAUUGGCACUAUCUACAUGCUGAUGCGGUCCAAGCGUGGACAAGACCCUCAGGAGAGGCUGGAAGCCUAUGUGUCCAAUGUGAUGUUCUCAAAGGUUCGAGGAGAGCGGCCUGACUUCGCGCGCCACCUGUUCGUGAUCGCCGGCGAUGUCAGCUCCCCAGACUUCCAGCUGGAAGAGCAAGACAUGGCGGCCCUGCAGCGUGACGUCAGCGUCGUCUUCCACUGCGCCGCCAGCGUCCGCUUCGACGACAGCCUACGCAAGGCUGUCAACACCAACGUGGUGGGCACCAAGCGCAUGCUGCAGCUGGCCGAGCAGCUGCCGAACCUGCAGGCAUUCCUGUAUAUCUCGACCUCCUUCUGUCACUCAGACCAUCAAGUGAUUGAAGAAAAAUUAUACCCGGCAAAAGCAGACCCAGAAAAGAUUAUGAAUAUUGUUUCCUCGAUGGAUGACGAUCUUUUAGGGCUUAUAACACCAAAGUUGUUGGGGAACCUACCAAACACGUACGCCUUGACGAAAAACAUGACAGAGGAGCUGGUGGCGAGGUACUCCGAUCGGCUGCCGAUCGUCAUUGCCAGGCCGUCCAUUGUGACACCGGUCUGGAGGGAGCCGCUAGAAGGCUGGGCACCGAAUAUGAAUGGACCAGUCGGCUUCUUCGUAGCUGGUGGGAAAGGCGUGUUGAGGGCUAUGCUGGCAUACCUCAACUUCAAAACGGACAUCGUACCCGUCGAUUGCACGGCGAACGCCAUCAUCGCAGUGGCGUGGCAUUUUGGAGAGACGAGGCAGGCGAGCCCCUAUGUUUGCAACAUAACUAAUGGGGAUCAGAACCGCAUCACCUGGGGAGAGCUCAUGAAGAAUCUGAUGAGGAUAAAUACAACAGAGGUUCCUCUGAGACCAAUUCUGUGGUAUCCUCAGCCAAUUGUGACGACUUCAGUCGUGUGGUACACAAUCUGCCACUUCUUCCUCGAAUUCCUGCCUGCAUAUAUUCUGGACUUCGUCAUCCGUCUUUCUGGAAGGAAACCAUUGAGUGUAGAAGAAGAAACGAAGAAUCGUUAUUAG